GUCGCCUCUGACAAUUCCCUCUGUUUGAUGCGGCCGGUGGUGGUCCACUGACUAAUGUAAGACGGCGGCAUGGUGGCGGGUGCCGGUCGGUGGGAUGUUACCCCACCAUCAAAAGCGCAAUAAAAAAAGUCGGACUGAUUAUCAAGCACGUCGAAGCUUUUCGUUUUCUCUUCGAUAUCGCAUAUACCUUUCCGGUGUUCAAGUUCUCAUAGGAGACUCGCUUACCUGCCAAGUUCAUUACCGCCUACUCAAAUCCGCUUCGCUCAAACUCGAGAGAGAAACUGUAAGAAAUAUCGGCAUCGAACACUCAACCGACUCGCCAUGUCUGCCCCGCACCAGGACGACCUGGAUGACACGCCGGAAUUGCUCGACGCGGACGACGCGCUGGAGGAGAUCGUGGACACCGAGGGCGAUGUGGCGAUGGACUCCGACGAUGACGAGCCCGAGGAGAUCAACCUGCAGAACGACAGCGUAGCCUACUUCGACGCCCACAAGGACUCGGUGUUCGCCAUCGCCCAGCACCCGACCCAGCCGUCCCUGAUCGCGACGGGCGGCAGCGAGGGCGAGGGCGACGACACCCCGGGACGCGGCUACGUCUUCGACACGAGCCCCGUAGUGGGGAGGCCGCUGCUUCCCGCGAGCUACAAUGCGGAUCCGUCGGGGCCCACCGAGGCCCGGAGCAUCGAGCUGAAACCACUGUUCACGAUCGACGGACACACAGACUCGAUAAACACGCUAGCCUUCACGCUUCCGCGAGGCGAGUUCCUGGUGUCGGGAGGCCUCGAUGGGCGCCUGCGCGCGUACCGGGUGGCGCUUGAUGCGCGCAACACGCCGUCGUUCGCGUUCGCGGGCGAGUCGCAGGAGGUGCCCGAGGUGAACUGGCUCGCGCCGUGCCCGGCGACGACCGCGCACCCGAACGUGGUCGCGCUCGGCGCCUCGGACGGCUCCGUCUGGGUCUACGACAUCGUCGGCCCGGAGACGGACCCUGCGAGCCCCCUCCAGAUCGUCCAGAGCUACUUCCUGCACACGGGCCCGUGCACGGCCGGCGCCUGGUCUCCCGACGGCGCCCUCCUCGCCACCGUGUCCGAGGACGGGUCCCUCUACGUCUGGGACGUCUGGGGCAUCGCCGCCGCCCGCGGCCUCGCCAACGACAACGGCCAGACCGUCGUGUCGCUGACCACCCAGGACCAGCGCUUCGCCGUCGACGGCGGCCUCUACUCGGUGGCGGUCGACCCGCGGUCCGCGUUCGUGGCGGUCGGCGGCGGCGGCGGCGCCAUCAAGAUCGUCGGGCUGCCGCGCCUCGGCGAGGGCGCCGCGGCGGGCGACCACGCGACGCCGAGCCGGCCGAGCAAGGCGAAGGCGAAGGGAUCGGACGCCGGCGGCGCGCAGGGGGGCCAGAUCCUUGCGGACCUGCAGACCCAGUCGGAUGGGAUCGAGACGCUGAGCUUCGCGCCGCCGCCGCGGACGCUGCUGGCGGCCGGGAGCGUCGACGGCAGCGUGGCGGUGUACGACACGGCGCGGCGGUUCGCGGCGCGGCGGCACCUGCGCGCCGCGCACGACGAGUUCAGCGUGGUCAAGGUCGAGUUCGUGCCCGGCGGCACCGCCGACGGCUGGCUGCUGACCAGCUGCGGCAUGGACGGCGUCGUCCGCCGGUGGGACCUGCGGGCGGGCGCCGGCGCCGGCGCCGCGGCAGCGGAGGGCGCGAGCGGCGGCAGCCGCCCCGGGGGGGCGAGCGCGCCCGCCGACCCGAGCCUCGUCGGCGAGUGGCGGGGUCACAGGGGCGACGGCGAGGGAGGCGGCGUGCUGGGCUUCGUCCAGGGCGCGACCGGCGAGCGGAUCGUGACGGCCGGGGACGACGGCGUCGUGUUGGUGUUCGAGGCCUAACUCGAUCGGCCUUGGGUUGCGCCGAGGGAACGAGCGGGUUCUCCCCCCCGGAUCGCGACGGAGAUGUGUAGCGGUAGUAGAUGUUAGGCGCUCCCGGGCCCCGGGAGGAAUCGAGCAAUUCGCGACGAAAACAGGUUAAUAGUAAUUCACGGGAUAGACGGGGGGAGCCUUCAACUCGCGUGGUGGGAGAGAGUAACGGGAUGCCGUAGCUCUAGUCACCCUG